UAGUUAGCUAGCUAGAUACAUGCUAAACAUUAGCACGUAGCUAGCUAGCAAACGUUAGCUAGCUAGCUACGGGUCCUGAUAAUAUCAUGUUCUGCUACGUGAGGGAAAACUUCCUACCUCUAUGACCUGUAAGAAAAAAAGAGUUGCCAAGAGACUCAUCAUCAUCAUGGGCAAGAGUUGUAAAGUGGUGGUGUGUGGUCUGGCUGCCGUUGGCAAGACUGCUGUCCUGGAGCAACUGCUGUAUGCCAAUCAUAUUGCGGGCUCAGAGCCCAUGGAGACCCUGGAGGACAUCUAUAUUGGCUCCAUAGAAACGGACCGUGGCACUCGAGAGCAAGUGCGCUUCUACGACACCCGGGGUCUUCGUGAUGGUCUGGAGUUCCCUCGCCACUACUACUCCUUUGCAGACGGUUUUGUCCUGGUCUACAGCAUCGACAGUAAGGAGUCCUUCAAACGCAUGGAGGCCCUCAAGAAAGACAUUGAUCGCUACCGUGAUAAGAAAGAGGUGACCAUAGUGGUGCUGGGCAACAAGCUGGACAUGCAGGAGCAGAGGAGCGUGGACUCAGAGGUGGCCCAGCACUGGGCCAAGACAGAAAAGGUGCGUCUGUGGGAGGUGUCUGUGGCAGACCGGAGGACCCUCAUCGAGCCCUUCGUCCACCUUGCCAGUAAGAUGACCCAGCCCCAGAGCAAAUCAUCCUUCCCCCUCAGCCGCAAUAAGAACAAGGGGAGUGGCUCUCUCGAAAGCUGAGGGAGCAGGGGGGAUGGAAGGGGGGAGGGAGCGAGGAUUGAUGAAGAAUGAGAAAGAUUUUGGGAGAAAGGGAGGGAAAGAGUAGGAGAGGAGAAACGCAGUAGGCUGAUUAUUAGCCUAUCACAAAUACAGACCAUUUUAUGUCUGCACGAAUUUACACUGACUGAAUCAGAAACCAAUGGUUUCAUGGAGAUUUGGACUGAUAUUUAGACUGAUAUUUGACAACAAGUAAAUGUUGACAUCAAAAGUAACACAAAUGGAUAAUCAGGAGAGUUGUUUGUAUCAGGGAGGAUACAUAAGGGAUUAUAUUACUGUUAGUUAAUCAGGAGAUUUGUUACACUACUGGCAUGCCAUCUACUCAGAUGAAAUGUGGCAACUAUUUCAGCAUGGAUGAUCUGCGUUUUAUUUUAAGUUACAGUAUAUGAAACAAAUCCAUGUUUUGAAUAAUUAAAAUAACAUUCCUCUAUUCUUUUAGAGAUGUCAGAAAACA